AGCAACCCUGACAAAAAUAAGUAAAAUACCAUAAAUAAAUAUGCAUUGGAAGAAAUAAAAUCAGGUCUGGCAUACGGAGAAUAUAUUAGAAGAACUCUGUAAGGAAAUGUGUUCUAGAAACGAUUGUGAAUUAUAUGGGCGCGUAUAUAAGAGUAUUAUAUCGAGACCAAACACUGAGAAUAUCUUAUCGCGUCCACACACUUUCCCUUCCAGUUAACCAAAGAAAACAUUCUAGGGACGAACUCUUGGGUUGCGACUUCCCGAAGAGCGCCAUAAAGAGCCAGGGAGGCGACGCUGCAGCAGCAGGAACCGUCACGUGAUAUCAGCUCAAUGCCGGAAUAAGUACGACUCAAGAUGAUACGAACAAGUUCAAGUAUGUUUAUUGAGACAAGAAAAAAAUACAUCUCAAAGGGAUAGAGUAGCUUAGGCUAUUUCUACCCCCCCCCCCCCCCCCAUCCCCAACGAUACGAGCAUCCUGACUGUUAAACGGUUUUGGCCCCCUCCCACCUGAGGCUACGGGCUCACCAUAGCCCGUGCUACUUGGAACUUAUUGUUCCAGGUAGCGAAUCUUUAACAACAACAACAACAUCCCACCUGAGGUAAUUUAGAAACAAGAGAAGACCAAAUGAUGAUGACUAAAAUUCAUCAAUAAAAUUCAUCCGGGCAAUUAUGAACAAGGACAUUUUUGUUAUAUUUAAGAAGGAAUGUUCUUGCUGGAGUUAAGAAGGUGACAAGAGGUGGCAGACACACAAGAUGCCGCCACGGUUGGUGUUGGGUGUUGGUGUGAAACACAUCCUUGUCUACCUUGUCCACUACUUCCUACUACUCGUACCGCCUCUUGCAGGUAUGGAAGUGACCUCCCCGCUGCCUUCACCAUGGGCAGACCCAGAGGCCUGUGGCUUCACCUACGACCCGACUCCUGACCUUCAGAACAACACCAUUUGUGACCCAGACCACACUCUCGACGAGGCUAUGAGAGCCAUAAUGGAGGAGACUUUAACCCAGUGUAGGGAGAAGACAUCCAGUCAUAUCCCCAUCAUUGUAUUCCUCGCUGACUUUCUCAUGUUCCCAGAUGGCGCAGAUGACCCCAUCUUAUCGGUCGAGGACCUGCUGGAUGCGUUAGUGACCUCGUAUAACCUGCCAGCACACCCAAACGUUAUCCUGCUAGUGGUGGUCAAUAAACCUUUCAAGAUCUUAGAGUGGCAGAGCGCGUCCCUGUCUUCCAUACUACCAAAGGAGGCUUUGCAGAAUGUACUGGAAGGAACCAUGGCGUUCCAUGGUGUACAUGAUUACUUCAGCUCUACCAUCUUCCACGCCCUCCACCCGCUUUGUGAGAUACUGCGCAGAGAAGGUGGGACGUACACGACGAAAUACAUAAUGCUAACGGUUACUUGGGUGGUGUUCGUUAUUGUCUUCGGCUUAGGCCUCGUUAGCAUCGCAAUCUACUUCUUCAAGGUACAUCAUAGCGCCUCCAAGAACCAGCUCCACGGUGAAGACAUCCACAACAUACGCGGGUCUCGGGGACGCUCCAGCACCCACCCAAUGUCUGGGGACAUACGCGAACUCACCACCGUUUCCUACAGGUCGACGGGUCACGUGCUCCUCGGCACCAGUGAUAUUACAGCCCUUGCUGUUCAGAAUUGCGCCUCCACGGAUAAUCUCAUAAACACCUAGUUGGCAUCCAUCAGUCUCAGGAGACUAUGGAGUUGCGCUCUGGUUGUCGGUUUGGAAUGGCCUCUCCAGGGCGUAAAGCCAGGAUAGGUUGAUUUGGAGGAGAAGCUGUUACCCAUGCAGCAAGUCUACCCCCUCUCCAGGGCGCCGAAAGUCUCCAAUGGCAAGGCAAAUGCUAAUACGAUUGGUUCCAGUGCCGUCGCAGGAACUAAAUACCUAAACACACACAUAACUGCAGUAGUGAAACAAUCCUAGGCUCAAUGCUGGUCAAUUUUGAGAUAGGUCUUUAGUAUAUGGUGAAAUGUUGAAAAUGAUGUUCUCGGAAUAUCAGAUAGGCACUAUACUAUGCAGCAGAAACUUGGUGCCCACUUAUAUAGAAACUAAUAUGUAACUGGUUCAUAGACAUACGAGAAAACGGUUUCUACAGUUAAGAAAUACGAGUUAUGAAGAAACAUUUAAGGAAAUUGAAAAUAUACAAUUAUUUGAUAUACCAAUACAGUAUAUAAAGGCUAUGAUAGGCAAACCAUGUGGCUGUAUUUCAAUUAUUCUGGUAGAUAGUAUAAGCUGUGUCCAGAAGGGGGUAGUCUACACGAAGUGUAAGGAUAGUCGCUAGAAAGUAGUAGCCUACAGAGAGUGUGUAAUCUCCGGAAGUAGGGUAUUUUCCAGAAAGGGGAAAGUUUUCAAAAGGAGUUAGUCUAAAAAUGAGGUAGUGUGUAUUAAAACCACUAAAACCUUUUAUAUUAAGACUAAUUCAAUAAAGACAAGACGCCCCGAACACAUAACCACUGAAGAAAUAUGAAAAACUACAGAAAAUUAUAAGCACACACGUCACAGGUAAGCGAAGGGAUGACUCGAAUUUGUUGAGAAAUAUAAUGAAACACAUCAACCAAGUUUUGGUAAGUGCUUGGGUGAUAGAUUAAACAGUAAAUCAACCGAAAUCAGGAAGAGGAAAAACAAGAAAUGACGGUAAGGGCCAGUCCUUGUGCAUUCAUAAGACCACCAAUAAAGAAAUAAUGCUUUAGCAAUGCACAAAGGAACGAGAAUAGUGCAGAAAACUAUGGCUAUCUUACCUUGUUGUUUAAGAUUCGCUACUUGGAUCAAAAAUUUCCAAGUAGCACGGGCUAUGGUGAGCCCAUAGUGGAUGAUAUCUUACCUAUUGUGUGAACAGAUGAGUGGUCUUGUAUGGCUUUUGAGACUUAAUGCUGAUGUAGUCAUAAGUUUAGCGUAAAGGGUACAUGCUCCUGUUUUAGAUUCAGCCACUCUGAACAAAAAGUUCCAAGCAGCACGGGCUAUGGUGAGCCCGCCCAUCGUCUCUUCAAUUUCUAGUGUGGGGUUUGAUCAACAUAUUUAUACUGUAUAUCGAAAAACUAUGAAAUUAACCAACACCAAUAUAACGCUAUCAUACUUCAGCUGUAAAUUCCUGCUUUAUAUAUGUGUAACUUAUCAGAUUAUCAUGUAUAUAAAAAAAAAAUUUGAAAGCUGAAUUUAUGCGCCUUAAUAACUUAGUUACAUUGCAAUAAUACAUAAUAUAUAAUUAGGUUCAUGUGUGUCGUUUCUAUUAUCAUAUUACAUAAGCUAACAUCAACAAGCUGUAUAUUUAAGACUAACAAUUUUGUAGUACCGUUACAAAAUAUGUAACAUUUAAGCAUUUUUUUGUAAUUAAUGUAAUUUUUUAUACUUUCAUAUUUGACGCAGUUGUUAUGGAAUGACGAUAGGUUUUUAAUUGACGGAGAGAAUUAUUAGCCUAGCGCUAAUAAUUAUUAAUCUAGCGCUUAAGUAAGUCAAGAACUACAGUUUACGGUUAUGUUAGAGAGAACGUGAGCUUGUCUUGCGUAAAUUUAUAUUAAAUUUAACACAAUAAAAUAAAUUAUAUACAUUUUG